UCUUUCUUCAGCUUCGCUGUUGGCGAGUUGUAUUUUCUUUCUGGAGUGUUCUUUCUCUUCAGUCUUCGCCAUUUUUAUAAGUCCAACCACUUCCAUCUGGACCAUCUCUCUCUCUCUCUCUCGCCCUGGCUAUAAAGUUGUUUGUGUAUAUACGCAUGAUUGCUUCCCGAUCGAUCAAUCAAAUCGCAUUAUCUGUCGUCGAAUCGGGCUGCGAGCAGGAUAGAUUUGGCGAAGACGAGGAAGAAGUGAAAUGAGAAGAGGAGAUUAGAGACGCGCAUAGAGAGAAGAGAACUUUGGAAUCAUGAGAACGCUUUGCGACGUUUGUGAGAGCGCCGCAGCGAUCCUCUUCUGCGCCGCGGACGAGGCUGCUCUUUGCCGUGCUUGUGACGAGAAGGUUCAUAUGUGUAACAAACUUGCUAGUCGGCAUGUACGCGUUGGGCUGGCUGACCCAAGUGAGAUUCCUCGCUGUGACAUAUGUGAAAAUGCACCUGCUUUCUUCUACUGUGAGAUAGAUGGUACUUCCCUAUGCCUGCAAUGUGAUAUGAUUGUACAUGUUGGAGGUAAAAGAACUCAUAGACGGUACCUCCUAAUGAGGCAAAGAGUUGAGUUUCCAGGGGAUAAACCUGGCCGUAUCGAUGAGCUCGGUUUGCAACCUGGUGAGUCAGGUGAAAUAAGACGGGAGCAACAUCAACCACUUACGCCUGCAACCAGAGAGAACCAGCAAAAUCACAGGGUCUCAGCUGUUCCAGUGCUAGACAGUAAUAACGAUGAUGGUGGCAAAAUGGACAAUAAAAUGAUUGACCUCAAUGCUAACCCCCAGCGCAUACCAGGCCAGGCUUCAAAUAACCAGGAACAAGGAAUGGAAGUUCUUAGUGGGGCAAAUCAGGAAUCUGCAAACAUGGUUCCUGUUGGAUCCUUCAAAGGAGAGCUUGAGAAGUGAUUAAAGAAAGUAUGUUCAAUACCAACAACUCCGAUCUUGGACAAUCCGACGCCUUGCUUGUUGAAGGACCUUCCAUUGCCUUGGAAAAGUUGGUUGAAGUGCAGAUGAUUUUCGCCACUGUCAUCGACAAGCGACAUACAUGUUGGCUUAAGGAGAGUGAUUUCUGUUAGUCGAGUACAUUAUUACAUUGUCCAAUUCAUGGUAUUUCACAAAAAAAAUGCAUGCUGCAAAUGAAUUUUAUGUUUUGUGUCUGACCAGAAGGGAUCCUGUAAAGAAUUAGUCAGGUACAUGCCACAUCUUUAAUCUAAAUUUAGAAAGAAAAAAAAAUGAAUGGAAAGAAAAACUAAAACCUCUGAUAGUUCAAUGUAAACUAACAGGGACUAGAGAAACGAUGGAAUAGCAAGAUAGAUAGAUUUGAUUUGAAGGUGGCAACAAUGGAGA